AUGUCUUCAAAAAGCCUAUUUGCUUUCAUCUUUCUUUUUUUAGUACUGUCUCAGGGCGUUGUUUCAAUAAACUACGGAGCUGCCCUGACCAAAUCGUUGCUGUACUUCGAAGCUCAAAGAUCAGGAAAGUUGCCGCCUAACCAGCGUGUGAAAUGGCGAGGCGACUCGGGCCUAAAUGAUGGCCAAGAUAAAGGGGUAAAUCUGGUGGGAGGAUACUAUGACGCCGGCGACAACGUGAAAUUCGGAUUGCCAAUGGCAUUCACAGUGACGAUGCUUGCAUGGAGUGUGGUGGAGUUUGGGUCACAACUCCAUGCCAAUAACGAGCUCUCAAAUGCAUUGGCUGCCAUUAAAUGGGGAACAGACUACUUCAUCAAAGCUCACCCAAGCCCUAAUGUCCUUUACGGUGAAGUUGGCGAUGGUGAUUCCGACCAUGAUUGCUGGCAAAGGCCGGAAGAUAUGACGACGCCGAGGACAUCUUAUUUCAUUGAUGAACAGCAUCCUGGAUCGGACCUUGCCGGAGAAACUGCGGCUGCUUUAGCUGCUGCAGCCCUAGCUUUUAAUAGAACAAACCCACGAUAUUCUUUUGAACUUAUCACCCAUGCAAAACAGCUAUUUGACUUUGCCAUAAACCACCGUGGCCAGUACCAAAACAGCAUUCCUGUCGCCGGAAAAUUUUACUCAAGCAGUGGCUACGAGGACGAACUGUUGUGGGCAGCCUCAUGGUUACACAGAGCUACUAGGGAGAAUACAUACGCUGAUUAUGUCUAUCAAAAUGGAAAUUCAGGAGGCACCAGAACCAUGUUCUCUUGGGACGACAAGUAUGUUGGGGCCCAAAUACUUAUGGCAAAGAACUCUCUCAAUGGAAAAUAUGACGAAUAUGGGAAUUUCGCAGAGUAUAAAAACCAAGCCGAGCAAUACAUCUGCAACUGCAUCGGAAAAGGAAGUAACAAUGUGCAAAGGACCCCAUCUGGGCUACUGUGGUGGCAGCCAUGGAAUAACCUUCAGUAUGUCUCCACCGCAGUGUUCGUGACAGCCACUUAUGCCGAUUACCUCGGUGCCUCAAGUUCUACUCUCCAUUGCCAAGUUGGUGAAGUUUCACCCCACAAUCUGAUUAACUUUGUCCGAUCACAGGUGGAUCACAUACUGGGCUCAAACCCAAAGGGCAUGAGCUACAUGGUAGGGUUCGGACAAAACUAUCCAAGGAAGGUUCAUCACAGAGGGGCAUCAAUCGUGUCCAUCAAUCAAGACAGCAGCCCAGUGAGUUGCAAAGGAGGUUAUGAAGUUUGGUUCAACAAGGAGGCACCAAACCCCAAUGUCUUGGAGGGAGCAAUUGUUGGAGGACCUGAUCAAGGUGACAACUUCUCCGAUUCCAGGAGUAACUACCAGCAAGCCGAGCCCGCGACGGCAAAUUCUGCACCGCUGGUUGGAGUAUUGGCCCGGCUUGCCUGA